CCUCGGAGAGUAAUUUUGUCGUGGAGCAGAACCUUGCAAGAACUCUUUAUCAUUUGCAGAAAGCAGAGGGAAGUUUUUAUAGGCAGAAGUCAAGAGUCCAAUGGCUUACAUUAGGUGACUCUAAUACGGGGUUUUUUCAUCUAGCUAUGAAGAUAAGGCAUGCUAAGAAGAUGAUUAAUCAGUUAACUCUGGAUUCUGGGGAGAUUAUAGAGAAACCUGAAGAAAUUGCCGAUGAAGCUGUCUCCUUUUAUAGAAAGUUGUAUGGGGUGGUUAAUGGUGAGAUUCAACCUGAUCCAGCUCUCUUGACUAUGUUAAUUGAAAAGAAUGUAUCUCUUGAUGAGGGGAAUGCUUUAUGUGCUCCAGUUACAGUGAAUGAGAUUAAAUCUGCGCUGUCCUCUAUGAAGCCAGACAAGGCUCCUGGCCCUGAUGGUUGGACCCUGGGUUUUAUCAGAAGACUUGGAGCGUGGUUGGUGAAGACUUCACUGCAGGAGUUCUGGAAUUCUUUGAUCAAGGGACUUUCCCAAGAGGUUUGAACUCUGCUUCUCUCACUUUAGUCCCUAAGGUUCAGAAUGCGUGUAAGAUGACUGAAUAUAGGCCAAUUGCGUGU